AUGAAGUUCUCCGCCGUACUGUCCCUCUCCGCCGCCGCCUUGGCCUCGGCCAAGUCCGCCCACAACAACUACCCCGUCCGCCGCGACGGCCACAAGUCGAAGGCUGCCGCCGAUCUCCUCGCCAGCCUCCCCAUGGGCAUUAGCGGUGCCGGUAUCACCAACACCCAGGUUACCGAGAUCAUCAUCAUCUGGGCGAACCCCGGUGCCGGUGCUCCCACGAUCAACAUCAACCAGCCCGCCGGCGGCGUCGCCGCUCCUCCGGCUGGUGCCGCCCCCCCUCCCUCCGGCACUGCCCCCCCGGCUGGCGCGACCACUCACCACGUUACCGUUGGCGGCCCCGCUGGUCUCGUCUACACUCCCGACCAGGUCAAGGCCAACGUCGGUGACAUGGUUGUCUUCACCUUCAUGAGCCAGAACCACACCGUCACGCAGUCCGCCUUCGCCACGCCCUGCGACCCCCUCGCCGGCGGCAUGAACUCUGGUUUCAUGCCUAACCCCAACAACACGGUGAACCCGCCUCCCCAGGUCGCCAUGCAAGUCAUGGUUUCCGACCCUCUGUGGUUCUACUGCGCCCAGAACGGCCACUGCGGAAAGGGCAUGACCUUCUCCAUCAACCCCACCGCCGCGAAGACUCAGGCCCUGUUCCAGUCCAUGGCCAUCGCCCAGAAGGGCAAGGGCGCUGCUAGCCCCAUCACCGGAGGCACUCCCCCUGCCGCCCCUCCCGCCGAGUCUGCCCCCGCUGCCGCCCCUCCCGCCGAAUCUGCUCCCGCUGCCGCCCCUCCUGCUGCACCCGCCGCUGGUGGCAACAUCCAGCAGGGCUCUGGCCAGAUCAACGGCGCCGGUGCUUGCGUGUGUGCCGUCACCUGCUCCGCCGGCUCGUUCCCCGUCGGCGCUCAGGGCGUCGGCUCUUUCGGCGGCAUGGCUGGUUCUCUCCCCAUGAACAUGAUGGAGGCAUAA